GUGGAAUGACCGAAGCGUUCCUCUGCCGCCAUUGACAACCAGGAGAAAACCCUAAGGAGGCUCAAAAAGAAAACCCAUCACGUCUCUCUCUGGGAUGUUCUUGCAGGGUGGGGGACUCUGGUUGGCUUGGGCUUAGCAAUCAGCAAUCCAACUGGUGGGGGUGGUGGUGGUGGUGGGUUGAGCACAGAUAUUUUUGCAAAUUGCUGGACUGUUUGUAGUUGAUUCUCCUUUCAAGGAAAGCAGAAUCAGAAAGGUAUUUUUUUUUCCUUUGGCUCGUUUGGUUGCUUGGAGUCUCUCUCUCUCUCUCUCUCUCUCUCUCUCUCUCUCUCUCGCUCACUCGCUCUCCAUCCCUCCCCCCUGAAGAUGGAGAUUGGGUGAGGGAGAUGGAGGGAGAGUGGUCUGUUUGCUUGAAGGUUCUUUUCUCUGGAAGAACACUGAAGAUUAAUCCAGUGUCUUUCCCUUUUCUGUGAUUUUAGCGUUUUCUGAAUAUUGUUCUUCUGUUCAUGGUGGCAGGUGAGUUUUGAACUUUUCUUGGAUUAUGCUUUUAAAUUUUUAAUGCACCAUUUGCAGAAAACCCUGAAUUUGGUUUUUAUGAAAUUCAAGCUUUUCUUUCCAUUAUUUGAGAUUUCCGAUUUCUGAUUAGAUAAUGCUAGUAAAUCGAGUUAUUUCUACCCUAACAUUUUAUGUUUUUUGUCGCCCUUCAUGGUGGUAGUGUUGAGGGAAGAUCUGAUCCUAUCUAUAUAUGUUUCCAGAUUUUGCUUUCUGGUGAUAAUAGGAAGGACACGGCGUCUAGUGUAUUCGAUCAACAUAACCUUGGUUGAGGUGGCGAGGAGCUUUGUCCGCUCAUCCAAUCUCAAUUUGUUUCUGGUUUCUAGAUAUCUGAUUGAUAGGUAGAACUUGGUGCAGAUGUGCUAGAGAUCUGCGAAGAAAUCCAGUAUUUGAGCUUUUUUUUCAUUUGUUGGUAUCCAUGGAAGGUCAUCUAUCAGCAACUAAUCUGCUAUCUGGCCCUCCUUGUGGAGUGUUAGACCUUCAGGGUUCUCUUCAUUCCCACCAUCAGCCACAAAAUCCUCAUCAAAACUCAGUCACCCAUCCCCAACUUGAGGAUAUGUUCCCCAUGCCUGUGGGUAGUGGGAAUGAGUGUGGCCAGCAGCUUCCCAUGGUUGAUUACAAAACCAGCCACUGGGUUUCAAUGGGCACCGAUAGGGGGAAAACUUCUACAAGCGAUGAGGAAGAACCCAGCCUCACGGAAGAGGGAGUAGAUGCUCAUAAUGAGAGUGGAAAGCAGAAGCCAAACUCUCAGUGGCAUCGUGUGAAGUGGACGGAUGCAAUGGUGAAGCUUUUGAUUUUAAUUGUCUCCUAUAUUGGAGAGGAUGCUGCUUCUGAGUGCGGUGGUGGUAAGCGCAAAUAUGCAAUCUUACAGAAGAAAGGCAAGUGGAAAUCGGUCUCCAAAGUCAUGGCUGAAAAGGGGUUUGAUGUUUCUCCUCAGCAGUGCGAGGACAAGUUCAAUGAUCUGAAUAAACGGUAUAAGAGGCUGACGGAUGUGCUUGGUAGGGGCACUUCUUGCAAGGUUGUCGAGAACCCCUCUUUGUUGGAUUAUAUGGACCACCUGUCGGAGAAGAAGAAGGAAGAUGUGAGGAAGAUUUUGAGCUCAAAGCAUCUGUUUUAUGAAGAGAUGUGUUCAUAUCAUAAUGGGAACAGAUUGUUUCUGCCCAGCGAUCCUGCUUUGCAGAGAAGCGUGCAGUUAGCUCUUAGGAGUGGGGAAGAUCGCGAUAGGAGACGACCUCAUUCACGAGAUGAUGUUGAUGAAGAUCAAAGAGAAGAACAUGAGAUUGAUGACAGGGAUGAUGAUGCCGAGGCCAUCAAUGGAUUGCAUGAUGAAAGCGAUGGGUUUCGAGGAGUUGAUGUGCUCCCAAAAAAGGUGAAAACAGGACCGGAUGUGGAAGAUGCAAGCUUCUUCAGUUUUCCUGGUCCUCAUGACUGUGGGAUGCAGCAGCUUCAAGAUAGGUCCAGAACAGCUUGGACGCAGAGGCAGUCGGUGACAAGCCGUGCCUUGCAGUUGGAAGAGCAAAAGCUUAGCCUUCAGGCUCAAGCUUUGGAGUUGGAAAAGCAGCGUUUCAAGUGGCAAAGAUUCAGCAUGAAGAAGGACAGGGAACUGGACAAACUCAGGAUGGAAAAUGAGAGGAUGAAGCUUGAAAAUGAGCAUAUGGCGCUGGAGUUGAAAAGGAGAGAGUUAGCCAAUGAAUAUCAGUAGGGUCAUGUAUUGUGGUAUUUCUAUCUUAUUUUUUUCUUUUUGACAUCUAGUUUGGAAGGCUGCCUACCCUGAAGUUUAUAGCCGCUUGAAUUAGGUUGUGGGGUUAUACAUAGAGAGGAAGCUGCGGCUGGUUUCUGACUUAAAAAAUAGAUAUGUGACGGAGAUGGGAAGCCUGUUUCUAAGAAGUCUGACAAUUGGCAGGAAGUCUGAAGCGGCUCGCCUAGCUUAACUUACUGGAAUAAGUAUAGAUGCCUAAAAUUUUUGUUCUCUUAUGAACUUUCAGUCCGUGUGCCAUCACUGUAUCUGCUCAGAAGUUUGUUUCUCAAGGGUGUAAAUAUCGGGUACCUCACCUGGCCACCCCAUGGUAUGCCAAGUCGUCGAGUUUUUUCAUUUUCGUCCUUUUACUUUGUGAAUGCCAAAGAUUGUAAACGGUUCACUCUUUGAAGUUUGAACCAUCUGCUGUUUGAUACAGUUUACGAGUUGCAGAUUGAAUGCUAAUUGCUGACCCGCUGGGUCUCAGUAAUUUCA